AUGGCCGACUUAUCAUCUCCAGUUAAAACAAAAACCAAUGUGUCGAAACAAGCAUCCGUUAUUGCCGAAGUGCAAGAAAGCGAUGAACCCCAUCGUGAUAUUUCUGGUGACGUGAUCGAGGAUGGCCUACGAAGGGGGCUUAAGGGUCGUCAAUUUAUGAUCAUCGCCCUAGGUAGUAUUAUCGGUCCAGGUUGCUUUUAUGGUUUAGGCUAUGGAAUCUACGAAGCUGGCCCGCUGGGGCUCUUGAUUGGCUUUUCUAUUGUCGGAAUCUCAGUGUGGAUUUUAAUGCAAAGUGUUGGAGAGAUUGCUACACUGUUUCCAGUUCAUGGUGGCUUUGUUGAGCACUGUGAUCGAUUCGUGGAUCCAGCCUUCAGCUUUGCAGUAUCUUGGCUGUAUUAUUUUAUGUGGAGUGUAUUUCUAGCAUCGGAUUGGAAUAACGCCACGGUCUUCCUUGGAUUCUGGAUUCCCGAUACCAUUAUCCCCGUCUGGGCUUGGUACAUCUUGUUCUUCGUCUUCUUCUCGAUUUUAACAACCCUUGGGGUGAAUUUCUAUGGGGAGACUGAAUACUACUUUGGCAUGUUCAAGUUCCUGUCACUGAUCGUGCUAUUCUUCAUUUCGAUUCUUGCCGAUACUGGGGCGUUCGGAAAUGGGUAUGUCGGAUUCAGAUACUGGAAAGAACCAUAUGGUCCAAUCCGAAAUGGAAUUAAUGGAUUCGGUCAAGUAUUUGUUCUGGCAGCCGCAUACUACGUUGGAACCGAAAUUGUCUCUGUCGCCGCGGGCGAGUCUAAAAACCCCCAACGCGACGUUCCUCGUGCCACCAAUUCUAUCCUAUAUCGUAUCCUGUUCGUCUUUAUUGGAAUGUCAUUUUUCCAAGGCCUGAUCUGUCCCUCAACAUCGGAUGAUCUGGUGCAUCCAGCCUCUAAAACGGCAUCGUCUCCGUUUACUAUUGGCUUCAGGCUUGCUGGGUGGAAGUCCUCCGGGCAUUUCGUCAACGCCAUAAUCCUCAUCGCCUUCAUUUCCGCCGCGAAUGGAGUAGUUUACAUCCAAUCACGAACGCUUUACUCUCUCGCUCUGAAACGGAAAGCGCCCUCAUUCUUCGCAAUAACAAAUGCUAGGGGAGUCCCAUACCCGGCAAUCAUCUUCUCAAAUAUGUGGGGCUUCUUGGGUCUGAUGUCCUUGCAAACAACAGCUGGAAGCCUCUUUUCCUAUUUCACCUCUUUCGGCGGCACAGCAGCCUAUAUCGCAUGGGCUGCUAUCACAUUUGCCCAGCUUAGGGUCCGCGCUGCCGCAAAGAAGCAAGGUAUUGACGCCAAAGAAUUCCCCUUUAAAGCGCCGGGUCAUAUUUCGAUCUACUGGGGCAACUUCUUUUUCAAUAUUUUCCUGCUCUUGAUUCAAGGUUUCACAGUAUUCGAGGCGCCUUUCAACUAUAAGUCAUUUAUCGCUUCUUAUAUUAGUAUUCCGGUGUUUCUCCUGAUGUUCAUUGGGUACAAAUGGUGGUUCAAGAGGUAUCAUUGGAUCAAAUUCACUUCCCAGACAGACUGA